CAGACUUUGACUCUAUUGUUGUUGGCUCUGCAGCCAGGAUGCCUGUGAUACCGGUUGUGCCUGAGAACCACAGUCACCUCCUGGCAGAGUUUGACUGCCUCGAUCCGCUCCUUUCUGCUCUACGUUUUGACUCAGGCAGGCUCAAGUGUACCUGUCUGGCGGUGUCCAGGAAGUGGCUCGCAUUGGGAACGUCAGCAGGAGGGUUGCACCUCGUCCAGAAGGAGGGCUGGAAACAAAGACUCAUUCUGACUCACAAGGAGGGAUCUAUCACACAAGUGGCAUGUUGUCCUCAUGAUGAAGAUUUUAUUGCAGUUGCAACAAGUCAGGGUCUGGUGGUGGUGUGGGAGCUGCAGCUGGAGCGGCGAGGUCGUCCAGAGCGCGUCAGCGUGUCAUCGGAGCACAGAGGACAGAACAUCACUGCCCUCUGCUGGGAUACAAGCACGCUUAGGGUUUUUGUUGGGGACUCUGUAGGCAAAGUGUCGUGUCUGCGGGCGGGAUCAUCUAAACUGGGCAAGGGGUCAGCAUUUGUUAUCUUUCCUGUCCAAACUGUUACUACUGUUGACUCCAGAGUGGUUCAGCUUGGAUAUCAAGACGGGCGCCUGCUAGUGUCUUCUCUCAGUCGCUGCUACCUCUGUGACACAGAGAAGGAGAAAUUCUGGCGUGUUGGAAAUAAGGAGCGUGACGGGGAAUACGGAGCCUGCUUCUUGCCACAGAAUAGGGGAUUAUUAGUGGGACAGCCCCCGCUGUUGUACUGCGCCCGGCCGGGAUCUCGAAUAUGGGAGGCUAAUUUUAACGGCGAGGUUCUGAGUACUCAUCAAUUCAAAAAGCUGCUCGCCUGCCCACCACUCCCUUUAAUCACUUACAGAAAUGAGCCAAAUUACAAUCCAGCACAGAAUAGUCCACAGUCUCUCGGCUUCCCUAAACUGCUUUAUUUUGGAGACCAAAAUCUGCUUACUUGGACCGAUUCGGCCAUUUAUAUCUUCACACCUCAGAAUGGACAGGUCCUGCUGUGGACUGAAGUUAAAGACUUGGUGGACAUUGCAGUCCACCGCAACGAGCUGUUCUGCCUGCACGGCAGCGGCCGUCUGUCCCACCUGUUUUUGCUGUCUGCGGAGCGCUGUGUGGAACGGCUGCUGCGUAGAGAGUCCUGGACUCUUACUGCUACCGUCUGCUGCAUGUUCCAGCACACGAUCACGACGAGCCGGGCCAGGAAGUCCAUUCCCAUCGAUCGCCUGGAAUACCUGAAGUCUCAGCUCAGUUCCAGCGCGCAGACGGAGCUGAUUAACCAGCUGGAGGAAGUGAUCCUGAAGCUGGAACCGCUGGAUUCUGCAUCCAGCAGCCGCAGGAGCAGCAUCUCUUCACAUGAGAGUUUUAACGUCCUGGACUGUGGGAUCUACCGUGUGAUCAGCCGCAGAGGAAGCCAGUCGGACGAGGACACCAGCUCCCUCAUGAAUCAGUCUGUGUCAGAGGAGGAGCGACUGAAAGAGUUCAGCUUUGUCCAGGAGGAAGACCAGGUGGAUCAUGAUCCACAGAGCGGUGAGCGGCUGGAGGCCGAUCGAGCUGACCAUGGCCUGCAAUUCCACCUCCCACUUUCAUUCUGCACCAAACCCCACCGCAUAGCUUUGCAGGCCGUUAAAGACAGUGUUUCUAGUUUUGUCAAGAAGACGACGGAGAAGAUCAACACCCUCCAGAUGAACUCUGAACUCCGACAUCGGCCUGAAUUUAAAGAGAGCGCACAGCCCGACACGUUAGCCAGCACAACAUCCUACUCAGACGAAAUGGAGAAUGAAGUUUAUAGCGAAAUAUCAAACGCAGAGGCUGAAAUGGAUGAACUUCGUUCAGCAACAAAGCAGGCUGUCUUACAGAUACAAGAUCCUUUGGUGCUCCUGGAUCCAGUCUGCCUUAGAGAAGCUCUGACGGAGUGGCUCCCUGUACUGGAGCGAAUUCUGGGCCCUGCUGUUCUCCUGACAGAAUCUGUAACCAAUUCCAACCUGAGUGGAUCAGGAGAAGAGAAAUGGGACAGGGAAUAUCUGAGCCCAUGCACAGAGCAACAAAGAGAAUCAUCAGAAAGUGUUACAGAGGAGGCAGAACUUGAAGAAAAAGAAGUCCUCUGUGAGAAACAGCCGAUGGUCGACACGACUGAAAACGUCGCUUCUCUGGAGAAUCAUCCGGAGCCCAUCCGAGUGUCGUCUCCUACGCCUUUACCAUCAGAUCUGGUAGCUAAUCUCAGUGAGCUGGCCACUCUUUACACUGAGCUCAGCUGCUUCAGGAACCAGCAGGAGGUGCCGGAAAGUGCAACUUUCCUGCGUCGCUACUUCUUCCUUCUGGACCAGGAGCGAGUGAGAAGAAUGUGCCUUCUUUGUUAUCAUCAGCGGCCCGAGAUGAUGAGCUCGUUCUCUGAGGCUAUGCUAGCACUCACUCAGUCCAGCAAGGUGGUUGAAAUUAUUCAGAGAGGAGAUUUGCUGAAAUCUCUACGAAGCCUCAGAGAGCUGCAGCCUUGGGCUGCACCGCAACUCCUUGCUCACUUCCACAGGUUAUAUGAGAAGCAUGGUGAGGCAGCUGUACGCUCGUUUUCCCAGUUCUAUCCCAUUAUAACUCCUGCUGACGUGGAAACGGUGGCUCAGCAAAGCCACUUCCUGGCGUACCUUGAUAAUCUUGUACAUUCAAGAGCUGAGGAGCACAGGUUGUCAUUUCUUCAGUCGCUCCUUGAACCUGAGUCACUGAGACUGGAUUGGCUGGAGCUGGUCCUGACUCACGAUGCCCCUCAACACGCCGAUACCCUGACCUCUGAGGGAAGGCCCAGGUGGCGUUCACACUGUUUCACCUGGGGCUACGGACGUCUUUUGUCUUUGCUCAUUCGUCUUCCUGCAGACAUUUCAUCUAAAGAGAAGAUGAAUGAGAUGUGCCGCAGUCACGGGUAUUGGAUGGGUUACCUCUACCUCUGCAAAGAGCUGCAGCGUCGCUCUGAAGCAUUUUCCACCAUCUGUCAGCUGGAUGACCUCAGCCUCCUGGAGGAUCCUGAUGGUGUUGAACCUCAGAACCUGGACGAGUGGAAGCUGCUGAUCCAGCUCUCUCAGCAGUAUUGCCGUGUGGCAGACCCACAGCUGGCCACAGAUGUGAAUGGGAGCGGCUGGUCCAACGGCUCCACGAACUGCGAAGGACGGAUCAACCCGGAGAGUCUGACCCUCCUACUGGCUCGGACGCUGGGGCCUGACCGAGCCCUGGAGCUGCUGCAUGAAUGUGGAGUGCAGGUGGUCCUUUCAGCCCACUCCAAGCUGGUGUGUGACCUGCUGAGAAUCGCCGAGAGGAGGCAAAGGGCGAUGAUUCAAACCAUGCUGGAGCGCUGUGAUCGGUUCCUCUGGUCUCAGCAUGCCUAAAACCUGAUUGGUGCAUCGAUCCCUAACUUAACACCUCUGUGAUUUCUGUCUACACAAAAAAGAUACUAAUGCUUUAGUUACAAGUGUUGUCUUUUUAACGCCAUACCAUUGACUAUCAGUAUUCAUGCAUUACUUUGCAUCAUUGUUUCUUGUCUAAUAUUUCAGACUUUUUGCACGCUUGAACAUUUAUCUAUUAUAUAUCUGUGUAUUAAAGGCCAAAGAAAUUGUCUUCCUCUUUUGACAAAAAUAUACUUGAAUUAAUUAAAUGAUCAUGUUAAAGGCAGUUUUUAUUAGUUGAAUAAAAUUGUGAAAAAAGUUUUAUUUUGUUUGUUGUAGAGAUUGAAUGCUUUUAGUGAAAAUGAUUGUGAUCAAACCACGUGAAAGUAUUUUGCUUGCACAGCUGCAGAAAAUGUUCUCUCCCCCAUUAAAAUUAAUCUACUAUAAAAAA